GCUUAAAAGGUAAGAACUUACGAGGAACAAUCCAAAUCCCAGGAGACGCUUCCAGACUCCGGCUAUUACUUACCGGUUACCGCUCCUAAAUUUUAAACCCUAAACCCCUAAAUCGGAACCAAUUCGAGACCAACUCUACUCCUUGCUUCUUAUUGCUUCUCUUCCCCUCUCCUUCUUCCAUCUCACAAUUGCCUUCUUCAUUCUUUCCGGCGGCACAACUUCCGUAGCUCACAGCCGGAGCAGCGAAGAUGGUGUUUGGGCAAGUUGUGAUCGGUCCACCUGGCUCAGGGAAGACCACUUACUGCAACGGCAUGUCGCAAUUCCUCGAACUCAUUGGAAGGAAAGUUGCGGUUAUCAAUUUGGACCCGGCUAACGAUUCAUUACCGUAUGAAUGUGCUGUGAACAUAGCUGAUCUUGUUAAACUAAGUGAUGUCAUGGCGGAACAUUCUCUUGGUCCAAAUGGAGGUCUCGUAUAUUGCAUGGAUUAUCUAGAGAAAAAUAUUGACUGGUUGGAGGCUAGGUUGAAACCUCUUCUUAAAGAUCGCUAUCUUCUCUUUGAUUUUCCCGGCCAAGUGGAACUAUUCUUUCUUCAUUCCAACGCCAAGAAUAUUAUCAUGAAACUCAUAAAGAAGUUAAACCUCAGGUUGGCUGCAGUGCAUUUAGUUGACGCCCAUCUUUGCAGUGAUCCUGCAAAGUAUGUUAGUGCAUUGCUUCUCUCUUUAUCAACCAUGAUACAUAUGGAGCUCCCACACAUAAAUGUCUUGUCUAAGAUUGAUUUGAUACAGAACUAUGGAAAGCUGGCUUUCAACCUUGAUUUCUAUACUGAUGUGGAGGAUUUAUCUUAUCUUCAGAACAGUCUUGAUCAGGAUCCUCGCUUAGCUAAAUUCAGAAAGCUUACCAAGGAGCUCUGUGGUGUCAUAGAAGACUACAGUCUUGUCAGCUUUACAACCUUAGAUAUUCAGGAUAAAGAGAGCGUGGGGAAACUAGUUAAGCUGAUAGACAAGACCAAUGGAUAUAUUUUUGCUAGCAUUGAAGCAAGUGCAGUAGAAUUCAGCAAAAUUGCAGUUGGUCCUGUUGAUUGGGAUUACCACAGAGUUGGAGAAGUGCAAGAGAAGUACAUCAAGUUUGAUGAAGACUGUGAUGACAAUGAAUAGCUUGCAAGUUUGCAAUCUUUGUCUCGGAAGAAAUUGAUACUGGAAUCUCAUUGACUGAAGUCCGGAGAACUCUCAGCAGUUUCCCCCCACCACUAUCAUGCUCAUUCCCGUUCCAUUUGUAAGGGUUUUGCGUUCAGAAAAUUAGGUUGUAUUGUCAUGCCUGCUAUUUAUGCAAAAAUGUAGCUUGCACAUAUGUAACUGUUUGGCAGUGAUUUUGCAGCAUGAUUGAGUUUUGGACCACAUGGUCAAUGUUGAUUAAAUUAAGAGCUUUAAUCAUUCCUACUUGUUCACUAUAAUACAGUAAUCAGGUGAAAGAAAGCUUCUUCUGGGC